AUGCCAUUCCCUUUGCCAAUCCCGACACUGACCAGUGCUGCUCCCGGCACUGACCGGCUGGGCGAGCAGUACUACCGCGACGCCAUGGAGCAGUGCCACAGCUACAACGCGCGGCUCUGCGCCGAGCGCAGCGUGCGCCUGCCCUUCCUGGACUCGCAGACCGGCGUGGCCCAGAGCAACUGCUACAUCUGGAUGGAGAAACGGCACCGCGGGCCCGGUCUGGCGGCCGGGCAGCUCUACUCGUACCCGGCACGGCGCUGGCGCAAGAAACGCCGCGCCCACCCCCCGGAGGACCCCCGGCUCUCCUUCCCCUCCAUCAAACCCGGUAAUUCCAGCCCUUCCUGCUGCUUUCCUGGGAAUUCCACCCUGGAUCCGCCGGCCUCCCGCACCCUCCCUCCCUUUUUCGAACGGGGAUAUCGGGACAGCCUGGGCGAGUUCCCAGUCAGCAACAGCCGCGCCAGGAAGCGGAUCCUGGAGCCGGACGAUUUCCUGGACGAUUUGGACGACGAGGAUUACGAGGAGGACACGCCCAAGAGGAGGGGGAAGGGCAAGGCCAAGGGCUCCCUCAGGUCGUGCUUUUCCUGCCCUUUUUUUUCCCCAGUUUUCCGCGUCUGUGUCUCCGUGUCCUCUCACGACUUCUCUUUCUGUGUUUCAGACAGUUACAAACAAAAGCAUUCCUUGAAACCUCCCGACCGAGUCUGCGGGAAGCGCUACAAGAACCGCCCGGGGCUCAGCUACCACUACGCGCACUCGCACCUGGCCGAGGAGGAGGGCGACGACAAGGACGACUCGCAGCCCCCCACGCCCGUCUCCCAGCGCUCCGAGGAGCAGAAAUCCAAGAAGGGCCCGGACGGGCUGGCCCUGCCCAACAACUACUGCGACUUCUGCCUGGGAGACUCCAAGAUCAACAAGAAAACGGGGCAGCCCGAGGAGCUGGUGUCCUGCUCCGACUGCGGCCGCUCCGGACGCCGUUUCCCCGCAGGGAGCUGGAGCUGCCACCUCUGCCUGGACCUGCUCAAGGAGAAGGCGUCGAUUUACCAGAACCAGAACAGCUCCUGAUCCUGAUCCUGGUCCUGGUCCUGAUCCUG